CCGCUAUCUCCCACUCUUUCUCUGCACGGCGGGGCUCCACUCGUCCGCCACUCCACCGCUUCUACAAGAUCCUACACCACGUCAAACCAGACCCAGCCGCGGAGAAAGCUAGCUGUAGCUACCUACCCGGUCCGGUCUCCGCUUCUCCCGCACGCGCAGCCUGCUGCAUCCUCCUUCCUGCGACCGCCCGCUUCGUUCGCGGAACAUAAAGGUGAGCCGGACCGGACCGGCGACCCAGCCGAGAGGGAGCAAGAGGUGCUGAGCUAUCGGCGCCGCAGGUCUUGCUCCGGUCAGCCACGGCGGCAUCGGCAUCGGCAUGGCGGGGCGGAUGGUGCGGAGCUGCGUGCAGACGGCGCUCAAGGCGGCCAACUCCGUCGUGGGGCUCGCCGGCAUGGCCGUCAUCCUCUACGCGCUCUGGAUGCUCCGCGCAUGGUACAGGGAGAUCGCCGGCCUCGGCCAACGCCCCCCGGCCCCCUGGUUCAUCUACACAUUUCUUGGCCUGGGGAUCUUUCUCUGCAUACUGACUUGCUCUGGGCAUAUUGCUGCUGAAACUGCAAAUGGUCACUGCCUCUACUGUUACAUGACCAUCGUAUUUAUGCUUAUUAUACUGGAAGGCGCAAUCACUUUGGAUGUAUUUCUGAAUAGCAACUGGGAAGAGGGUUUCCCUCCUGACCCAUCAGGCAAGUUUGGGGAUUUCAAGCACUUUGUGAGAUCCAAUUCCGAGAUAUGUGAAUGGGUAGGCCUCUCAGUGGUGGCUGCUCAGGUGCUAUCAAUCGUUCUUGGGAUGGUGCUCAGGACCCUUGGGCCUGACCGUGAGACCGACUAUGACAGUGAAGACGACACAGCCGUGCCCGCAAGGCUGCCUCUCCUGAGAAACCAGUCCCAGCAUGGAUCUUGGGACUACGCUGAAGCUACCACGUCUCGUCAGGGACUUCCGUUAUUACAUUCUAAAUGUGUUCAGCGUUAAUAAAAGCCUUGCGACGUUCCAUUGCAGGUGAAGAACAACAGACCCUUCAGGAUGGUCAUAGAUUAUAUCUUUUUCUUCUUCUUAUAUGGAGAGAGUAUUCCUAUGUUAGAAUAGCAGAAGCAGCAGCAGCAGCAGCGGUAGAGUAGUUCUGAAACCUGGACGCCAAUCAGCAUGCUCAGAUAUUUGAGUAGCAUGUGAACUGACCCUUAUAACCCCGCAUACUGGGGAAGGAAGAGAUGAGGUCACGAUUGGUGCCUUCACUGACCAAAGACAGAGAUGUUUGUUCUUUCCCUUGUUGUUUAUCCAUCAGCUGCACCAUCCAUUUU